GCACAAACCAACACUCAGUGCACACCACUGCAGUGAUUAUGCCAGUACAUGCGGGUAGCCAAGCGGUCCCGAUUUAUGGAAACUAUCAUGGAUAUUACUCCAAGCGUCCUUUCAUCCGAGAUCCACGACUGGCUUUGCUCCCCACUGAAUUCUUCGUGGGUAAGCGAGUUCUAGAUGUUGGAUGCAAUGAAGGCUGGGUGACUUGUGAGAUAGGACAGUCCAGGGGGGCACAUCAGGUCAUCGGAGUUGAUAUUGACGACACUCUCAUCAGAGCUGCCUGGAAGAGAAGACGCACCGCCUGGAGCCUUCAGUCUCCUGAAGGUGGAAAUAUCAAUGAGGAGCGUUGCCCUCCGCCAAAACGACAACGACUCCUCGGUGAUGCGUCCACUACGGACAGUAGUGCUCCCAAUUACUUCCCUGCAUCGUGCGAACAUAGCUACGGCCCAUUGCCCAUCCCAGACAGAGGAUGCGGUGCUUUCCCGCACAAUGUCACAUUCCGAACAGUUGAUUGGGUGAAGGAUGAAAUACCGGAGGAUUACGAUCAAUACGAUAUCGUUUUAGGGUUUUCUAUCUCAAAAUGGAUUCAUCUAAAUAACAAGGACGAAGGACUGCAAGAAUUUUUCUCCCGAGUUCAUCGAUGUCUGAAAGUUGGGGGUGUUUUCGUCCUCGAGCCACAACCUUGGGACACUUACUCAAAAGCUCGAAGGAUGAGCGAGACUCUCAAAGAGAAUGCAAAAUAUUUACAACUCCGUCCAGAUGGCUUUGGGGAACUACUGGAGAAGCUCGGAUUUAGUCAUGGUCAGCGUCUCGGGGUCACUGGGAAAGGCGGCUUCCGUCGCCCCGUUGAUCUCUACUUGAAGCAGCGAUAAGAUAGGAUUUCUGUCUAUGCUAAACCGGAUAUGUCGUUGCAGUGCUGCCACAAGAAUUUUGGAGCAUCAUUAUUCACACUGACAAGACACGUAAAUUUAUGGCGCCAACGAUUCGUGUGGAAUUCGGGUCCCGCCAUGCUGUAUCAUGUGUAUUUGUCUGAUGCGCGAAAAUUUUAUGGUCGUGCGUCUUUUAAUGUUGUUUUUCACUGCCUUCGUAUGAAUGAAUGGGUAGCAGCGCCAACCUUAUGCGUAG